AUGGCGCCUGGGAAAAAAAGGCAGGCAGCCUCCCAAGCAGGACCUAAAACCAAGAAGCUGCAAUUGGAGAAGACCCCGGCGGACAAGGGCAAGAAACGCAGCCAGCCUAUUACCCGACCUUUGCAAGAGGAGACCCUUGACAACUCGGAUGAGUCGGACGGGGAUGAGCCAGACGAGGAAGAGGUGAUCGUGGAGGGAGAGGCCCAACCGGCAGUAGCAAAAGAUCCAAACGCGGCCAGGGAGUCUCACAAGGCACAAAAGGUCCUACACGAGCAACGGAAGGCGUCAAAACCGCAUUUUGAUACCCUCGCGCAAGCCAAGAGCGCAUGGAGGCUUGCACAUCAAAAAUCGCUCCCGAAGGCGGAACGCACGAAAUAUAUCAACCAGCUGAUGGACGUCAUACGGGGUCAUGUCAUUGACAUUGUGUUCAAGCACGACGCCAGCCGCAUUGUACAGACGGUCGUCCGGUACGGCGGAGAGAAGGAGCGGAAUGAAAUCGCAAGCGAACUGAAGGGUCGUUUUAAGGAGCUUGCGCAGAACAAGUAUUCCAAAAGCCUCAAUACUACGAGAGUUCCAGGGAUCAGUCCUCCGUUUACUUCUCCACCUGUGCUUGCGGACGCAUUCGAGCUGUACACGAACGCAUACGAGCGCUCAAUGCUGCUGCGUGAUUUCUACGGCAAGGAAGCGAGCCUAUUCACGGUCACUGCAGGGAGUGAGGAGGAAAAGGAGCGCUCGAAGAAGGGGCUGAAAGGGAUACUCGAGGGUGUGGAGGGCGAGCGGCGGAAGCGGAUCAUGGCUGCUCUAAAGGACAAUUUGAUGUCUAUUUUCAACAACCCAGAUAAGGGCGCUGUGUCGCAUGCAAUUGUCCACCGCGCUCUAUGGGAGUACCUCUCCACGGUCAACACAAUUGAGGACGAAGCGGAGCAAGAAAAGCUGCGACGUGAGAUCUUUGAAAGCUGUCAAGAUGUGCUCGCUGAGAUGGUUCAUACGAAAGACGGCAGCCGCUCUGUCCGAGAAUUGAUUGUGCGGGGUACGGCUAAGGAUCGUAAACACAUCGUGAAAGCCAUCAAACCCCAUGUUGAGCGUAUGUGCAAGGACGACGAAGCACAGCUCGUCCUCUUCACUGCCCUCGAUGUCAUUGAGUAUGCUUUAAGACACCCCGUCAGCGCACACUUCGCUCAUGCCUUCCACAGCGAUACAAAGCUGACGGCAAAGUCACUCGUGUCCGACGUCAUCUCAAGUGCAACAUCGCUUUACCAAUCAUCGCAGGGACGGCGAUCGCUGAUUUAUCUGGUCGCGCCGAGGACACGGCGGCAUUUUACCCCUGCUCAGAUCAACUUGCUCGCAGAGAUAGAUUCUGUGCGCGCGCAGACAAGUAAAAAGGACAGCGAUGUACGCUGUGCAGAGAUCCGGCGGGCAGCGUCCGACGGCCUGCUAUCGUGGAUCGCAGAAAAUGGAGCCGCGAUCUCACGGGACACAGGGGGGUGUCUCGUGGUAUGCGAAGUAAUGCUCUAUGCAGAAGGAGACAAAUCCGCAGCGUCAGAGACACUGCUGAAAGCGCUCUCUGCUACCUGCCCAGCCCCCGACCCGGCACACCCACAUCCCAUCUCUCUACCGCACACAUCUCGUAUGUACAAGACCCUCCUACAAGGCGGGCACUUCUCGCAUACCACGCGCACCAUCGAGCCUGCGGCACUGUGGUCUGCACGCGAUUUUGCAACAAAGUUCGUCGAGAUCGUAGGGCGCGACGUUAUUGUUGCGAUGGCGCGUGACGAGGGCGCCUUUGUCGUCGCGGCACUCUGCGAGCAGUUAGCUGCGUCCGACGCAGAGGAGAAAAAGACGCUGCACAGUUGGUUUACUAAAGGAGUCAAGAAGGAGAUUGAGGAUGCGGCCGGCAAAGGGUCCUCGGUGCUCCUACAGAGUCUGAAAGCCUUAGAUUGA